AUGUUCAGAAACAAUUACGACGGGGACACAGUCACUUUUUCUCCUACUGGCCGUCUUUUCCAAGUGGAAUACGCAUUGGAAGCUAUUAAACAAGGGAGCGUCACUGUGGGGUUACGUUCGAACACUCAUGCUGUUUUGGUAGCGUUGAAAAGAAAUGCAGACGAAUUGUCAUCAUACCAGAAAAAGAUCAUUAAAUGUGACGAGCACAUGGGGCUUUCGUUAGCCGGGUUGGCUCCAGAUGCCAGAGUUUUAAGUAAUUAUUUGAGACAACAGUGUAAUUAUUCCAGUUUAGUUUUUAACAGGAAGCUCGCCGUCGAGAGAGCAGGUCAUUUGCUUUGCGAUAAAGCACAGAAGAAUACACAGUCCUAUGGGGGCAGACCCUACGGUGUUGGUUUGUUGAUCAUCGGGUAUGACAAGAGCGGUGCUCAUCUUUUAGAAUUCCAACCCUCCGGGAAUGUCACAGAACUAUACGGUACAGCUAUUGGCGCAAGAAGUCAAGGGGCAAAGACCUAUCUAGAGAGAACUUUAGACACGUUCAUAAAAAUUGACGGGAACCCUGACGAGCUCAUCAAAGCCGGCGUCGAGGCUAUCAGCCAGUCUCUAAGAGACGAAGCCUUGACAGUAGACAAUCUUUCAAUCGCCAUCGUAGGCAAGGAUACGCCUUUUACAAUUUAUGAUGGUGAAGCCGUUGCUAAAUACAUUUAG